CUUAGCUUUCUUAGGUUUACCAUAUUCUUUGCGAGCUUUUGCUUCUCCGAUUUCGAUAUUCAGGUGCCUCAAAUUUCCCAUUCGUCGGGAUUGCCUUCUUCAUGGAGACCAAUCAUCUAAAUCAUGUCGAAGUUGCUCCCGAAAAGCCCAGUAGUUCGGACAAGUUAGGCUUGCCUAAUAAGAAUGAGGUUCAAAUGUCUACAUUGCCUCCAAUUUCUAGUGGACGAAGGUAUUCUCUGCGGCUACAUGGUUACAAGAAUUCUGUCAGGACAAUCGCAAAUGAACGUUUGAUGGCUUCGUCUACAACUGGGACUUCAGGAAGCAGCAAUGGGGAAAAAGGAACAGGUCAGCCAGGUCAAGCUCAGCGGAGUAAGGCAACUCAGUUAAGGAAAGAUCUUGAAUUACCUGUUAAGAGUAGCAGAGUCGAUAAAAGCACAGCUACUGAAAAUCCUACGGCACCCAUUGAGAGAAUUCCACUUCAAAAAACUUCAGCUCUUCGCAAUGUUUGGAAGGAAAAGUCCAGGAUUCAACCUUCUGUUUGUCAACCUAAACCUUUGGUUAAGUGUAAUGCUCCAACAUGGAAUGAUACGUCCAAUGUGUCUUCCGAGUCAAGGAAAGAUACUACACUGCCUGUUAAGAGUAGCAGAAUCCAAAGAACUUCGACUCUCAAAGAUCCUGCUCCACCCACUAAGAGGAGUGGAAUCCAAAAAUCUUCAGUUCCUCACGAGGGUAAAGGAAUCCAAAAAGAUUCGGCUUCUAAAGAUCCUGCCUCACCAAUGAAGAGAAGUGGAACCCAAAAAGCUUCUACUCCAAGCCAGGUUCAGUGCGAAAAGACUGAGGCCCAACCUUCUGCCAGUCUAUCUAAAUCAUCCUCAGAACUUGCUACUUCAGUCUACCAUAUCAGUUGGAAUGGUUUUGAUGAACCAGUUGGACUGAACUGUUGUUUAUGCAAUGAGGAUCUAUCAGAGUAUCCAAACGAUGAUGUCCCUGAGUAUUACGAUGAAUUUGAGCAGUCUACUCUUCCAGAGGUUUCUAUUCUGCCAUGUGGUCAUGCUUUCCAUAGUUCAUGCUUGCAGCAAGCUACGCCUGAGGAACAUUCGAGAGAUCCUUCAUGCUUUUUAUGUUUGAGUAGCCAUGACUACUGA